ACUGUCGCUCCUCCCUCCUCCCCUCCCCUCCCGGGUCUCUACGGCCGUUGGCCCCUCGCUCAGCUCCGCCUCUGCGCCGCAGGCCAGGCCUUGAGGCGGUUUGUUAUUCCUGCCGCCGUCGUUCGUUACGGCGGAGCCUCGCGCCGGGUUCCCUUCGCGCUGAAAGGGCAGCCGGAGCCGCUAGAGGCGGAGCGGCGUCGCUUGGCUUUCCCCGCCGGCAGAGAACGGAGAAAUCUCCUGUAUGGAUAAUCCCGGAAGUGAUGCUGAAGCUGGAAAAAAGCUGCUGUAACCAAAGCAACAAUGAGUCGGUUAUCAGAUGAUCCAGAAAAUGCCCACGGCAGCAGUCUGGGCUCCUGUCCCUCUCUACGGGAUGUUCAUUCCAUCAACCCCACACAGCUGAUGGCAAGAAUUAAGUCCUAUGAAAACAGAGAGAAAAAAGGCAUAUCUGAUGUCCGAAGGACUUUUUGCUUGUUUGUCACCUUUGACCUCUUAUUUAUAACCUUGCUGUGGAUAAUAGAGUUAAAUGUAAAUGGGGGCAUUGAGAAAACCUUAGAAAAAGAAGUCCUCCAGUAUGAUUAUCGUUCUUCAUAUUUUGAUAUCUUUCUCCUGGCAGUGUUCCGAUUUAAAUUUUUGAUACUUGCGUAUGCACUGUGCAGACUGAAACACUGGUGGGCCAUAGCAUUUACGACAGCAGUGACCAGUGCCUUCUUACUAGCAAAAGUUAUUCUCUCAAAGCUGUUUUCUCAAGGUGCUUUUGGCUAUGUGUUGCCCAUCAUCUCUUUCAUUCUCGCUUGGAUAGAGACCUGGUUCUUGGAUUUCAAAGUAUUACCGCAAGAAGCGGAAGAAGAAAACAGACUUCUGCUGGUGCAAGGUGCUUCUGAACGAGCUGCCCUUAUCCAGCCUGGCCUCCCCUCCGACGGGCAGUUUUAUUCACCACCUGAAUCUGCUGCAGGGUCUGAUGAAGAAUCUGAUGAAAAACAGGACAGUGAGAAACCUGUUGUAUAGCAAAUAUGUUAACAGACUGCAGAUGGAGGGAUCAUGUGGAUGAAUUCUCAAUAUAUAAAAAAAAAAGUUCACCCAGGAAAGGAGGAAGCCAGGCUUUGAAGCCUUCUCCUUGGCAUGCAGCCUGCCCUGGGCAAAGAGAUGCUUGUAUGGAGAAACUUGAGCCAUGUGACUGGUCUGUCACCCUAUCUGCACUUUGUGACCUCUUGGCCUAAGACUUCGAAUGGUGAAUUAAUUGGGUUUGCAUCCUGUUCCGGUAUGCCUUUCCUGGUCAGAAAUGCGUGGCUUUCCUUGACAGAGCAAAAUCCUGCAUCCAGAUUUGCUCAGGACUUGUUAUGCUUGGACUGUAAUGCUGGCAAUGCCUGCACUUGACUUGCUGCUGGAACUCAGAGCAGAAGCCUUUAUUUAUUGGUCAAGUGGAAACUACUUUCAUUCUCUGUAAUACCUCACCUGUCCCAUGUCUGCAUAUUUCUCUUGGACUGAAUCAUGCCUAAUCUGAGAAGUGCUUGUCCAUCCAUUAUGUUUUCAGUUAUACUUGAAAAGGGGUUUUUUCCCAAAAGGGCCUGCAGGUUACUGAAGAGCAACAGAACUCAUUAAUGUGAUGUGGAGCCCUAAUGCUAUAUGAAGAAAUGCUUUAGAACGUAAGCCUAUCCAAUAAGGGUUUGGAUUCACUAGAUGAUGCGUAAUGCCCUAUUAAUUUUACAUUUUUAACAAGGUGUCUUUUAAAAAUUGAAUUAUGUACUCUUUGUAAACUAAACACAUUAAUUAAAACGUGACAUCACAGGUUUGUAUGUAAAUUCUGAACAGGCACAAGAAAGCCUUUCCUUUCACAUAGAACUGUAACCUAAUGUGUAAGCUUUUGGUACUGUGCUCCUACUGAGAAUCUGAAACUGUUUCCUGUUCCUGCCAGAUGCCGCAGCCCAUAUGGGUUACUCCUGUGUAUAUAUGUGUAUAUAGAAGUAUAAAUCUUACACUACUUCUAAUCAAUACAGUUAAUUAUGCUAAUUGACAAACUCCACAGUGUUCUGUUAUAAUACUUCUGCAGAUAAUGUACCCGGAUGUUGUUGCUCCUAAAAGCAUUUGAUUAUUUUUUUUCAAUUGUGUGUAAAAUGACUUAUAUGAAGCACUGAAAGCACUACCUGAUUUGAUUUUGGUAUGAUUCUGUGAGUGGUCCUGAAACAUCUGGCAUUCAUAAACUACAAUUGAGGCUUGUUUGUAA